AUGGCCGCAAACGUCGUCUUCCCUGCCCUCGUCUUCCUCACCGUUCUCUCCACACUGCUCAAUUUUGGACUCCUGCAUCGCGCCUACACCCUAUCAGCAACAUUCUCCAGCCCAUACAACUCUGACUACCUCUCCCCCGUUGCUGAGAUCCCCUUCCCCUUCCGCACCGUCGUCAAGACCUUCUCCCAGCCCGACAGUGACUACCCGCUUACCAACGACGAUAUCUGGGCCGCCAUCGUCUCCCCCAAACGCGGGUUCAUUCGGCUGGGCUCUGCCGGCGACCCUGUAGCCACUGCGCUUAACCACCAGCUGCACUGCGUAAACGGCAUCCGCUUCGCCUACCGCGCCACCCGCGACGGCCUCUUCAGAACGGACAAACAGCGCGCCGAUGCGUUUGCACAUGCCAACCACUGCUUCGACCUGCUCAGACAGAGUAUUCUCUGCCGGGCAGACACCUCGCUGGUCAAUGGCGGUGAGACGACACGGGUGUGUCGCGACUGGGACCAGAUUCGCGAGUUUGUCGAUGAGAGCCACAAAUUCUGGGAGGGCGUGCCGUAUGACUACGUGCCGCCUGCUGAGGAGGCGUCAAAGGCGAAAGGUUAUGGCGAAUGA